AACCAACCAAAACCCUGAAACCCUAUUCUACCGAGGAAGACCAAAACUCAGAGUCUCAGACGACGAAGACCCCAAAAAAAUAAAUAAACCAACUGGUGAAAGACGGUUCAGAGAGAAAGAGGUGAUCUAAGAUGGAGAUGCUAUGGACAUGGCUUUUGAGUUUCUUCUUCAUCUUAACUCUCCUAUGCAUUCUGGGUUAUCAGCUUGUGUGCUUAGUGGACCUCGAAUUUGAUUAUAUCAACCCAUAUGAUUCAUCAUCUCGGAUAAACAAUACUGUUUUGCCUGAGUUUAUCGUUCAAGGAGUUCUGUGCGUCAUUCUUCUUAUAACGAGACAUUGGUUUAUGCUUCUAUUGGCUCUCCCGCAUCUAUAUUAUAACGUCAAUUCGUACAUGAAGGGGCGGCACUUGGUAGAUGUGACUGAGAUCUACAACCAACUGAGCUGGGAGAAAAAACAACGGUUCUUUAAGAUUGGCUAUUUGUUGGUCCUGUUCAUCCUCUCUCUAUUCUGGUUGCUUUGGAGCAUUGGAGACGAAUACGAUUAACCAUGCAUUGUUGCUCCCACCGAGCUCGCCCAUUGUGUUUAUGAAGGAGCCACAGAGUAGAUUCGCUAUUGUGGAUAUGAAUCAGUACUCGUGCAAACUCAGGCUGAUUUGCCCUUUGGUUAAUGUAUUGGUACUUGGAUGCUCCACCUUUUGUAUGUAAAUUACUUGCAAUCGUCCCCUCAUUUACAAUGUGAAGGAGCUGAAUCUGUAAACGGUCUUUUUGAUUGUGUGAAUCCAUAAUUUGGUUG